AAGCCUGUGAGUGUAACAAGGAGCACAUGUAGUUAAAUUAAGCGAGAAUGUACGGUUUGCUUGCAUGAUAGCUGUGUGGAUAAGGAGGGAUUCCAAUUGCCAAUGAAACUUCCGACGUGCUGCGUAUCAGAAAAAUGAAGAAGCGCUACUAUUCAGUGCUGGCUUGCUGUCAAUGUAGAUUAGUCAGAGAUUCGUCCUCCAAUGGCUUCACUACAAACAAAGAGCAAUAAUAUAUGGCUUCCUUUUCACCACGACUGGUACAUGGGCAUGACUACUGGACACAAUUGGAUGUGGAAUGGAAUGUCACAUCCAGUAGACCAACUGGAACUUUUCUUCUUUUGCCAUCACGACCAUAUAGAACCAGUCAGUCAUCAGGCAACUGAUCUUCUUAACCAGCUAUUGUAUCAUCUACAUGCAUGUGCGAUUCUUUGAACCAGUCUGCCAUGGUGAGAGCUACUGUGUUCCACCAUCUCACUGCCUUGAAAGCCUCAACUGCCUUAUUUGUGCUUGCAGUUCUUGUUCCAAAUUAUGUUCAAGGGCGACUUCAUUGGCAUGAUUGUCCUCCUUUUUCAUGUGGCCCUCUUAGGGAGGUAUCGUCGCCAUUUCGUCAGGCAGUGCCCUCUUCCUAGCUGGAAUCGGCCUUUUAAUGAACACAAAUAUGGUCCAGAUGUUUCACACCCUGAAGUUGAAUUAGCACCUCGUGCAUACAGUUUCGCAAGCUUUGUUAGAUGUUCUCAGGAAGUAAGGAACAAUGGUAGGUACAUGCCUGUCACUUGCAUGAGCACCAGCUAUUCGUUUGUCUAUGUGUUAACUGGCAUGGACUCUGGUGCUGUCGGGAGCCUCGAGCCUUCUUGUGGAUAUCUGGCAAUGACUCCUUUAGGUAGUCGGGCAGCGAAUGCAAGUUAUGCAGAGACCAUUGAACUCAUGAGGACCGGAUUCGCUGUUCGAUUUCCCACUGGGGGCAUCACUGAGUGCCUAAUGAAGUUGGUACGCGAACGUGAUGAAACAAAUACUAUUGAGGACUGGGCUUUGUUAUUUUUUUCCAUUGAACUCAGAUUCUGGAAUUGUGUGGUUUCUGUUGUUCCAUUGCAUGACAACAUUGCUUGGUCCUUAGGCACAUAUAUAAUAGCUCUUGCCAUCUGGCUCGUGAAGUGCAUUGCUGUACUAUGCAGAUUCAUGUUGGCACCCAUAGCUGUAUUGAUCUUCCUUGCUCACAAAUAUUGGAAAACAAGGAUAACAAUCGAUGCAGUAGAGAAGUUCCUUCUAAUGCAGCAAAUGUUGGGUCCAACAAGGUAUGCCUACACUGACAUCACCGCAAUCACAAACCAUUUCAGAGAUAAGCUGGGUCAGGGAGGCUACGGCUCGGUGUUCAAGGGUGUGCUAUCACCAGGCAACGUCCAUGUCGCGGUCAAGAUGCUGGAGGGUAACUCCAAUUGCAAUGGAGAAGAUUUCAUCAGUGAAGUUGCCACCAUUGGCAGGAUCCACCACGUCAAUGUUGUGCGUCUCAUGGGGUUCUGCCCGGAAGAAAUGAGACAAGCACUCGUCUACGAGUACAUGCCUCGAGGUUCUUUGGACAAAUACAUCUUCUCAGCCAAGAAGAGUUUCUGUUGGGACAAGCUCAUGGAGAUUGCUUUAGGCAUUGCCAGGGGUAUCCAUUACCUGCAUCAGGGUUGUGACAUGCAGAUUCUGCACUUUGACAUCAAGCCACACAACAUCCUUCUCGACAGCAAUUUUGUCCCCAAACUUGCUGAUUUUGGUCUUGCCAAACUGUACCCAAGGGACAACAGUUUCGUGCCAUCAAGAGCCCUGCGUGGAACAAUCGGGUACAUAGCUCCUGAGAUGAUAUCUCGGAGCUUUGGCGUCAUAUCGAGCAAGUCGGAUGUUUACAGUUUUGGGAUGCUGCUGUUGGAGAUGGCCGGAGGAAGAAGGAAUGUUGAUCCGAAUGCAGCGCACUCGAGCCAGGCAUACUACCCAUCAUGGGUGUAUGAUAGGCUAACUCAGCAAGAAUGGGGUGAGAUAUCUGUUCAUGUCGUUGACAUGCAUGAGCUGGAGAGGAAGCUGUGUAUUGUCGGACUAUGGUGCAUUCAGAUGAGGUCUCAAGAUCGACCCACGAUGGGCGAGGUUAUAGAGAUGCUGGAAGGCUGUGUCGAGGGCUUGGAGAUGCCUUCGAGGCCAUUGUUCUGCGAUGAAGGACACACCCAUACUGAGGAUACUUAUCAUUUGUCGUCCGAGUUGACUGAAAUAUCGGAGGAGGAUAUGAGUGAAAAUAUCAUUGUGUGAUGUAAUGUAUGAUUAAGUUGAAGCACUUUGCUUGCAAAAGGUUCAAGUUAUGGUUGUAUAAAAUAUUCCGACUCUUGCUGUGAACUUUUAUGUGGGAGCAUGUAAUGUAAUGUAAUACUAGCAGUUUAAAAAAUAGAGAGGAUGGAGGGAAA